AUGGAGAUAAGUGGGGGGUGUGAGGUUGAGUGGACCCAACUUGUGGUUGCUGGUGAUGCCGCGUCGUUGAUUGCCGUGUUUCGGGGGGCAGUUGGCUCCGCACCGCCUGACGCUUCUGCCUUGCGGUCCGUCUCUGCGUUUUUGGAGGCACACACUUUUCCGGCUGCGCUGCAAGUUGAUUUGCCGCGGGUUUUCUCCACGACCUCCACGGAGUACGCGGAGACUGCCUUGGGCGCGACACGCUCUUCUGGGCUUGACGCACGAGAGGUUCUCAGCGAGCUGCUGGCAAUGGACGAGCUACCCGAUGGAUACGCUCUUGCGGUGUACGUACGACUCAUUCGAGCAGCACUCCGCCAGGUGCUUCUGGACACGCUGAGGCGCAAAAAGAGGCUGUGCGCCAGUGUUGAGGAACCGCUGUCACAGACGCAGGCAACGUUGCGUGCGUGGUAUCCGGGCGUGGAGAAACGCCUCUCGCAGCUCAUUCCAACAGUUUGUCAGCACGAUGCAGUUCCAAAGAUGGUACGAGCCGUGAAUAACUUUCAGGACGACGGCGAUGGUGUUGACAGUGAAGGGUCGGGUGAAUAUGGAGGGGAUGAUCAGGCCAAUGGAACGUCGUUGGUGGAGCCCGGCGCACUGGAGGCCUUGCUGUUGUUGUCAUUAGACCUUCUCCAUAUGCUGGGAGAGCCCCACACAGUAGCUCCGCUUCUGCUGAUGGUGAGGGCGAGUCUUGUGGCAGCCCAACCGUACAAUGACACGGGCGAGUUUUUGCGCAGAAUAGGAACGGACUUGCGUCACUGGGCCAAAUCCUUCUGUCGUGUAGAGGACACAAAGACGGACCGGAAUGCGGAGGAUGCUACCGCGCAAAAGUUGCCGGCCGUGACAACGGCAAGGGACGCGAAGAAAAUGGGCGAAACGAUUGUGCGAGCUCUGCUGGAGAUAGUGCCGCCUGGUGAAAUUUUUUCGUAUCUUCAAAGGGGCUCGAGCAAUGCAUUCACAAAGGAUUUAAUGGACAGUGUCACAUACGAGGACAACGAACACGGUAAAGAUACAAGCGAUGCAAAGGCCCUCGUCACUUUGCACGACUUGAGAAGAGAGAAGGAUGGACUGCGAGUUCUUUCGGACGAUGAUUCUGAAAGCGCAGAGGACAAUGAUGAUGUCUCUUUGACGUCUCUUUCUUUACGUAAAAUUGGUGCCAUGUUGCUUCUCUACGAUGUUAUGACGCUUGAUGGCUUGUGCGAUCAAGAGCUGCAGAUAUCGCAAUCUCCUGAGUCGUUUUUGUUUCUAACAGGGGCAAUGGUUUUGGAGAGUCUAAAGAGUUCGUCACUCAGCGUGGUGAUGACUGGCCUCUCCUUCCUCGCCACCCUGCUUCCCCACGUGCUUCCGUAUAGUAUCCUUGCACAUGGUGAACUGCAUGCCAAGUCGGGACAAAUACAUGAGCUUGGUCAACAACAUUUGACUGCAGGUACGUGGGGGUUUCGUACAAAAAGAUUUGAGCUUAUCUUUGAGCUGGUGAAGGCCUUGAUGAAUAUUUCUGCAACGUGUCCCUCUGAGUGUCAUCGCGAGGUUUCUCGUGGAGUAUUCGUUACUUUGCUUCGACGAUGUGCCUCUAACUUACGCAUGCUUAUUUACUCGUUGUUUCUUGUCCUGACGCCGUUUGCGUCCCUUUGCUCGCUAAUGCUGCACUCCCUUCGGGUGGAAUGGAAUGAAAGCCAAACCUCGGCGAGCACGUCGGAGGCCAUUUUUCUUCAAGAUACACUUCCUACUCUCCUGUUGCGGGCGCAGGAAAACUGGGUGAGGAAACUGCGUGUGGGUGAGGUGACAUUUCUGGAUCCCUUGAUUCAGUCAAUUAGUUUCCUUCGCUGCAUAAUUAUCGAGGACCGCAAACGGAACCAGAAGGACGCAUUGUUUCGACUUGACCCAAGCCGUGCUAAAGUCGAGCUUCACGGCGAGGCCGCCGAGGACGCGAAGAGUGGCCGCUGGAACUUGUACCUCCACCAGCUGUUGAAGAAUGUUGUUCCGCCGCUGCGGACCAUGGCGUCGGCUCCCCCUGCUGCCUCCGCGACCGCGAUGGGCGUGCUGGGUGGGGUGACCUUGUCGCCGCUGGACUGCUUUGCACUCUCCAGGUGCCUGGACGGUUUGCAGGAGCACGUUGUCUUCACGGGCUAA